AUGAAUGAAGUUACACACCGCACGUGCCGAGAGCUGUCUAGCAGCGACAAAGUGACGGUCAUCCAACGCUUACAGCCCUUCCUUAAGAAGGACAAGCUCACCAAGGAAGACAAGCUCGCCCAUGGAGCUUUCAAGCACAUUGCAGAGCAUCUCAGCCUCGACCCUCGCACUGUCGCCAGCACUUGGCGCUUGUUUUCCGCCGGCGGCGCAAUGAAAUCCAACAAGCCAGGCAAUCUUGGACUCAAGCAUACGUACUCCUCAGCCCUCAUUAAGCAUCUCGUCGGAGCAAUCCCAGUCGAAAAGCGCUCGACCUACUGCGAUAUGGCCGCAGCCACUGGACUAACCCUUGGAUCCUUGAGGCGUCAUUUGAAGAAGGGCACUCUUCAACGCCGAUGGUCGCGUAUCAAGCCGCUGCUUACGGAGGCGAACAAGGCAGAACACCUUGCGUUUUGCAUUUAG